AUGCACUCUCCCAAGAAAAAAAAACCCUCUCUAGCAAUACACACCAAACUGAGCAUGUGCAGAGUGUCUCCACACCAUAUGUCUUAUCAGGAGAUAAGAGGGGAACACUGGAAGAAGGGGAGGAUCCGAGAAGUCAGGAUCAAACAGCCUUUUUACACAAUGCAGAGGAUUAAACCCUUAGGUUCCACAGUGAGUAUAACAAGCAUGCUUUACUGCAUAUACAGACUGAUUUUACUGUUGUGGGUUUAGUAACACUUUAAUGU